UCACGGCGUCGGCCUGAAGAUGCUGCUGGUUUUUGUCUGAACCAUGWGGAGGCUUCAGAACGCCAGGCUGACGUCCGGCUCUGUCUCYCCUUCAGGCCGAAGGACGCCAUGAGGGCGGUGAAGAAGCGGCUGAGCGGCAACAGGAACUACAGGGAGGUGAUGCUGACUCUAACGGUUCUGGAGACGUGUGUGAAGAACUGCGGCCAUCGUUUCCACGCCUUGGUGACCAGUAAGGACUUUGUGGACGGCGUCCUGGUUAAAGUCAUCUCUCCCAAGAACAACCCGCCCACCAUCGUUCAAGACAAAGUCCUGGCUCUGAUCCAGGCUUGGGCCGAUGCGUUCAGGAGCAGCCCGGACCUCACAGGUGUGGUUCAGGUGUACGAGGAGCUGAAGAGGAAGGGCAUCGAGUUCCCCACCUCAGAGCUGGAGACGCUGUCGCCCAUCCACACCCCUCAGCGGGUGGCGUCGGCUCCAGAGGGCGACUCKGCGCUCCACAAGCACAGCAGCAGCAGCAGCAGCAAGGCUAAAGCUGCGCCGCAGCCCGUCCCACCAGCCUACAGCGCGCCGCAGGCCCCCAGCCUGCAGCCGGGGGGYGCCGUCACCCCCAGCCCUGAGCAGGUGCUGCAGCAAACCGCUUCACUCAAAAAUGUCAUGGUGGUUUAUAAAGAUAAGCUGUACGAGCGGUUCCGGUCCGGCAGAUCCUCGGCUCAGAGUGUCAACAACGGGCUGAGACAGGUGCUCAGUGAGGCCACAGAGGACAACCUGAUUGACCUUGGACCCGGCUCGCCCGCGGUGGUCAGCAACAUGCCCAGCGCCGCUCCGUCCGGCCUGCCGCCCGCCCUGAGCGGCGCUGCAGGGAGGCCCUCGUCCCCGGCCUCCCUGGCCUCCCGCCUGGCCGGUUUAGACGUGGGCGCCGACAGCGUCAGCAGCACUCUGAGCGCGCUCAGCAGCUGCAAGCCGGCGGCAGCGCAGGACGACUUCGACGUGUUCGCUCAGACCCGGAGCGGCGCGCUGGCAGAACCACACAGAACGUCGUCUGCAGCAGAUGCUGCAGCCGAUGGCCCUCCGCCCACGCUGGACGUCCAGCAGCCGGCUGCUGCAGRCGCGGGCCGGCAGCGUCAGUCCUCUGUCAUGGAUGACAUAGAGGAGUGGCUGAGCACCGACGUGGUGAGACGCAUCACAGCUUUCAAGUUCGAUAAGUUCCUGGAGGAACGGGCCAAAGCCGCCGAGACCGGCCCGCCGUCGCCCCCCRGUGGCGCRACGCAGGGAACGCCCAGCAGGAAGAAGACGGGGAGACAGGAAGACGCUCUGCUGGCCAUGUAGACCAUCAGCCCCCGCUGACCCCCCUACGUCUCCGGACCAGAACGGCUGCAGCCCCAGGUCACCCACUUCCUGCUUCCUGUUUCCCACUUCCUGUUUCCAGACGUUUUCAGUAACUCUGAGGCAGGACGGCCCUCAGAUCAGCGUUGGGUUUGUUUUAGCUGCUCCUCAGCAGAACCGACCCGUUUGGUUCUGUAGGACUGACUGUCCUCUCUGAUGUUUGUCCUAGUCAAAUCAUCUCCAAGUUGGUUUGUAAAUGUGUAAAUGUUUGGUGUAUAUUUGGCUCUGCGUUUCAGAGUCGCUGGUUUCAUUAGUUUCUGUUCAGAACUAAAAGGGAAAACCCUCCAUGACGCGACAGGAAGAAGAAAGGCGGGAACUUCCUGUUGAUCCAACUGAAGCUGCUGGCAGGGCCGGCCCAAAGCCCCCCGGGGCCCCUGUCCCCCAUCGCGGGGGCCCCUUGCAUUAAACCUGACUGUUAAAGAAGCUGCUGCCGCAGCAUUUGCUCAUGCCUUGGGCCGGCUCUGCCUUCACUGUUUGUUUCGUCCUGAACUCGUUUAGAGGACCAAACGUUUCAAUUUGACUUCCUGUUUCUGAUUCAGCUUCACACCACGGAUGGCGUUUGCACAUCAUCAGUGUUAUUAAUCUUAUGAUUUGCUGACAUCUCCACAGGCCUGACCUUUAACGCCACAUUUGUUUUCAGAAAUGAGUCGCAGCGCCACAAACGAGAUGUUUACAUCCCAGACCGGCGCUUAGUCGCCGCGGCAACGAGCGUUUCCAUUGAACUGCAGAAGUAAUUUAUUCUGUGAUCAGUAUUUAAGUGUUUUUAUUGAGCUGAGGAUCAACUGGCAUCAUGUCUGGACUUUAAUGUUGUUGCUUCUGUUUCUGCUGAAGAGAUUCCUCCCCCCUCCCCCACCCGCUGCUGCUGAUCAGGAUUUAUGUCGUCGGUUGAAAUCAGACGAUGAAGAUGAAGGUUUUAGUCUGAAGUCACCAGAACACUAAUCAACGUGAAGAUUGCACUUUUUAGAGAUUUCCUUUGGUUUCCUGGGUUUUGUUGUCGCUGGUGAUUCUGGUUGCAGAGCGAAGCCGCCAUGUUGGAUCUGAGCUCAGAGCCGCCAUGUUGGAUCUGAACUCUGAGCCGCCAUGUUGGAUCUGAACUCUGAGCCGCCAUGUUGGAUCUGAACUCUGAGCCGCCAUG